AUGAACACCACCCCUGAAAAAUCUGACAUUUCUGUUUCGUCCGUUGACACGGAGGAUUUGCCAGAUCUCAAUCUUAGUGAUCAGGAAAGUGGCAAAGAAGAUGAACAAGAGUGGAACGAGGAUCCUGGUCCAGUUGUUGUUAAUCCGUUCAUCGCGAAUACCAGCCUUGUCAGGGAUGUUCAAGGUUAUUUGACCAUAAAAUUUUUUAAUCUAAUGUUUAAGGACAGCAAUUUUGACAGAAUUGCAGAGGAAACGAAUUGUUAUGCGCGGCAAGCUAUGGUAACAAAACCAGACAUUGCUUGGUGUGAAAUUGAUACCGAAAAAGUGAAGGCAUUCUUUGCAUUAAAUAUCCUGUUUGGGAUUAAACAAUUGCCUGAAGUCCACUUAUACUGGUCCAAAAAUCAGCUUCUCCGAGUCCCAGAAGUGCAAAAGAUUUUUCCAUGGAACCAAUUUGCCAAAAUAUCACAAUAUCUUCAUCUAAACAAUAAGAGAAGAGAAUUGCCACGUGGGCACGCAAACCACAACAAAUUGUUCAAAGUGCAACCUCUUCUCGAUUCUGUUGUAGAGGCCAUUAAAAGCGAGUACAGGCCGUCGAAAAAUAUUUCGAUCAAUGAGGCAAUGAUUCCUUUUAAAGGAAGACUUUCCCUUAAACAAUACAUGCCAUGUCCACAAUCUUACUCGAUCCUUGAUUUGCUUCGAGAUCAAAUUUAUGUUAAUGGAAAUCGACAAGGUAUCCCCUGUGCAAUUGCCCCUUCGACUCAAAGAGUCAAGCGACUUUGUCAAGGAGAGUCGUUGUUUCUUCGUAAAGAGAACAUUGUUGUUACUGUAUGGAAAGAUAAGAAGCCAAUAUAUUUUUUGAGCUCUCAGUCCGAUCCCGUGGGGAAUGACACCGUCAUGAAGACAUACAACAACAACAUGGGCAGUGUAGACUUGAACGAUCAGACAUGGGGCUACUACAUGGCUGGAAGAAAAUUGAAAAAGUGGUGGCGUUGUCUCACGUGGUUCUUUGUUGAUGUUGCCAUUGUAAAUGCUUAUAUUUUGGAGAAACUCUCCCCGCAUCACUGAUCAAGAACUCAACUGGCCUUUCGUUUAGAUCUUGUGAAGUUACUUAUCGGAAAUUUUUUGGCACAGCGAUUGUCUGCAAGUUCUGGGCACCUAGAAGGAGGGCAUUGGCCCAUCAAGUUCUCUAAAGGUCACUGUAAGCGCUGUUUAAAGCGAAACAAGGAAAUGUGGUGCCGAAUGGCGUGUGAACUUUGCGCAAACGCAUUUGUUUAGACUGUUUUAAGAACCAU